CACUGGCCGCACAUCUGGGCAACUCCAGGUGCCUCCUGCCGCAGCAUGACGCUACCCUGGGCCCUCGCAGCUCUGAGCCUCCUUCCCCUGCUGACCACCCAGGACCCCAGGUGUGCCUUCCUGAAGACCGUGCCGAUCACCGAUGCUUUCCUGGAGAGGCUCUCCGGCAAGUGGUUUUUCAUCGCCGCAGUCUUACGCAACCCUGAGUUCAAGAAGAUGACUAGGCCAGUCCAGGCAGCCUUCUUUUACAUUGACCCCAACCUGAAGGAAGACACCCUACUUCUCAGAAACUACCAGACCAUCGAGGACCAGUGCAUCUACUUUGUCAGCUCUAUGGCCAUCCAGCGGCAGAACGGAACCUCUUCUAAGAGUGUGCAGGACAGAGGACCAUUUAUCCACCUUAGGCUCGUCAAGGACCCUGAGACCUUCAUAACGUUAGUCUUCCCGGAAGAUGAGCAGAACCGGGGACUAGGCUUCUACGCCAGGAAGCAGGAGGUGACCAAGGAACAACUGAGCAAGUUCCAGGAAGCCCUCAAGUGCCUGGGCCUGCAGGACGAUGAAAUCCUGUACUUGGAUGGGAAAAAGGAUCUGUGCAGGCCUCUGGAGAAACAGCACGAGGAGGAGAGGAAGAAGGGAAACAUGGAGUCCUAGGACACAAGGAAAAACUGAGACAGAGUUGGGGGUGGGCGCCCUCGGAUAUCUGGGUCCAUCCUCAUCUACCACCAGUUUUCGUCUCUCAGAUCUUUCCUCUCUUGCAUUAAUAAAGCUUCUGCAUUUAGGAAA